CAUUCUUAAUCCCUCUGGCUCUGCCCGCUAAUACUGCGGCUGAAAUUCAUCCACAAGGAUCAGGCAGCCGCGGCACCAGAGCUCCCAGCUGACUUUAUCCGCUCUUGGGACAGUGCUUUUGACGCGCUUCCGGCGCGGUUUGGUUCCGAGAGACAGAGUCAAGUUUUCGGGAGAGUCCUGGCGGGCUCAGCCUUUCUUCCUGCUUGAACACCUGUGUGACUUUGACCGAGCUCUAUCCCGGGAUCAUCAUGGCCUCAGCUGAUGACACAGAAGGUACCCUGACUCCUGUGGACUUUAUCCAGCUGCAGCAUUACAUGGAAGAAAGCAGUUUGAGGGUCAGAGAUGUGAUUAAGGAGUUUCAUCCAGGUGGCCGAUACGCCAAGCACACUUCUGGAGAGUGCCUCCAUCUGGAGGGCUUCUGUCUCUUCCUGAAGACUUACCUGGAAGUGGAGGACUUCCCUCCAAACUUCUGCCGAAAGCUCUUCAAGUAUUUUCUACAAGCAGAGCAAGACGGGUCUCCAAAAAGGUCCACGCCUCAUGGAGGUGGGGUUUUUCUUCGUGACGUUUCCUGCUACUUCUCAGUGCUGGAGGAAGGACAGCCACGGGAAAAGCUUGAGUUUACCUUCAAACUUUAUGACAAAGAUGGAAAUGGACUCUUGGACAGUUCUGAAGUGGAUCGCAUAAUUGCACAGAUGAUGCGAGCCGCUGAUUACCUGGGCUGGGACGUGACUGAACUGAGACCAGUUCUCAAAGACAUGAUGACUGCAAUAGAUGUUGACGACAGUGGGACUGUCAAUCUGGAGGAAUGGGUCAAGGGAGGCAUGAACAAUGUGCCUCUGCUUGUACUGCUUGGACUGAGGAUGACUGAGAAAGACGGCCAGCACAUCUGGAGGCUGAAACAUUUCAACAAACCCACCUACUGCGGCGUGUGUGAGAACAUGCUGCUCGGCCUCGGCAAGCAAGGACUCUACUGCAACUGUUGUGCUUACACUGUCCACAACCAGUGUGCCAACAAGAAUCCUGAGCCAUGCGCUCGGACCUUCGUCAAAACCAAAGAGGAAAUCGGCAAAGCAACUCAUGACUGGAUCAAAGCUGACUGUAAUGCCAGUAAGUGUCAGGUCUGCUUCAAGAAGAUCAAAACUUUAGCAGGGAAGCACUGCGUGUGGUGCCAGGAGAUGCGUCACGAUGAGUGCGUUGUGCCCGGUGUGCCGAAAUGUGACUGUGGCGAUCUGAAGGAUCAUAUUUUGCCGCCAUGGGUCAUCUACCCCGUCUCAAAGGAGGAAGACACCAACCUGUUGAGCGUCACUCCUGACGGCCACAUCCUGCAGAUUGCUCCUAUUCUUGACACGUAUCCUCUGCUGGUAUUUGUCAAUCCUAAAAGUGGAGGGAAGCAGGGUGAACGAGUUCUCAGGAAGUUUCAGGGCCUGCUGAACCCACGUCAGGUUUACAACUUAAGCAACGGAGGUCCCAUCAGAGGAUUACACUUCUUUCGAAAUCUGCGUCGAUUUAACAUCUUGGUGUGUGGGGGAGACGGCACAGUCGGGUGGCUCCUGGAUGCUAUAGAUAAAAUUAACAUCUCAGUGCAUCCUCCGGUCGCUGUGCUUCCCCUGGGAACUGGGAACGACAUGGCUCGCUGCCUACGCUGGGGAGGAGGAUACGAGGGCUCUGACCUGAAGGAAAUCCUGAAGGAGGUUAAAGACAGUCAGCAGAUCCCUCUGGAUCGCUGGAGCAUCAAGGUGACGCCGAAAAACCCACAGGAUGCUGGAGACCCCGUCCCAUACGAGAUUAUGAAUAACUAUUUCUCUAUUGGAGUGGAUGCUUCCAUUGCUCAUCGUUUUCACUCCAUGAGAGAGAAACAUCCACAAAAGUUCAACAGCCGAAUGAAGAACAAGCUUAUGUACUUUGAGUUUGCUACUUCUGAGUCCUUCUCAGCCUCCUGCAAGAAUCUGAAGGAUUGUCUCAGUAUUACGUGCUGUGGAAAACCUCUGAACCUGGGCAAUUCUUUAGAGGGCAUAGCCGUCCUCAACAUACCCAGCAUGCACGGCGGCUCCAACCUCUGGGGUGAGUCUAAGAAAACUGAUGGCGCUCCUGAAGCGGUGCACAGUGAAGUCAUCACCGACCAUGAACUUCUCAAAACAGCCACACAAGAUAUAAGCGAUAAACGUUUCGAGGUGGUGGGGCUGGAAGGAGUCUUGGAGAUGGGACAGAUCUACACUGGACUGAAGAGCGCCGGGCACCGACUGGCACAGACCUCCGAAAUCACCAUCAGCACAACCAAAGCUCUGCCCAUGCAGAUUGACGGGGAGCCCUGGAUGCAGCCACCGUGCGAGAUUCAGAUAACUCACAAGAGCCAAGCUACUAUGCUCAUGGCUGCACCGACCAAACCGACCAGCUUCUUUCAAUUCAAGUAGCCGUCAGCUCUGCCACACCGACCGGUCUGCAGGGGGUCACAGCUGAGUAUUAAACGCUGAUACUGAACUUAAGUAACUGUGUUUUAUCCUGUGUUUUCUUUGUGUUCUUUCCCUGAUGUGGUUUUAAUUUACCUGCUUGAAAUACUUGAAACAACUGUAACUUUGUAUGUCUUGAGUCUGAAUUGCUGCUUCUGUGUGCCAAUUUAAAUAUAAUUUAACCUGUGUUUGUAAUUUGAACCGUAAAAAUAUUCCCUACACUAAAGAGGAAUAUGAGUUCACUGUGUCUAUUUUAUGUUGUGAUAAUGGUUUGUGGUAAACAUGUUUACAGUGGCGUAUUGUCAGGUUUCCUCUGUUCUCAAUGCAGCUUGUAGUGAAGCGGCUCUGUCUCGGCCUCCAGAUAUUCCCGGCAGCUCGAUCACUCUUCAUAAAACUCACCGUUAAUGUUUAUCCCUUUAACAUAAGGAAAGUCAACAACGAUGCCAAUGUUUUACUUAAGAAAUACGCUGUUCUCAAUGUCUGGGUUUUGUUGCUUAAGGGGUUGAGCUUGCUUAAAUGUUGCUUUUAUAAAACGGCAUUCCUCCAUAUUUAGUACAAAUUAGACGAGUUGUAUGGGUUCAUGGAUGUAAAUUACUUGAUGAUUUACUUUUGCAAAGUCAAGAAGAUUGUGAUGCUCUUUUACAAAAACAUUCAAUAUUUCUAGAAAUUAAUUUAUGCCAAAAUGUGGCGGAAUGAAGCCAAAAUGUGAUUAUUUUUUUUGGAAUGUUGUAAAUUAUUUGUUCUUGUCAAUCAAAUGAAAGUCCUGGUUUGACUAUAUAGGUUACUUGUGCACUUGUGAGUGUGUGUGUGUGCGUUUAUGUAUUAUGUUAAAUAUCAAACUUUGUAUCUGUCA